UUUACUUAUUGCGACUAACGAGGGCGUGUCAGUGUGUCCUGACCUCUGUGAACAUGCUGCAUCUGAUCCUUGCUGCACUUUUAUUCACUGAAUACCUCAGACAUGUUGAAACCAGUCCUAUACGGGAGUCCAGUAAAGCAUUUAAAGAAAACUGGUUCACCAGGGCGUUGCAUUAUAUGGAGUCCUACCCAGAAACUUUAGAAGAACUUAUGUCUAAGGACUCUGCAGUGUUGGAGGGUGACAUGAUGCUGUCAGUGAGUGAAACUACCUCAUUAAGUGACAGGAAUGCAGUGGACCGCACGUGGCCAACGACGCAGAUACCGUACGUCAUCAGUCAAGAGCUGGCCAGUCGGACAGACGACAUCCUCUCUGCUAUGAAGAUGGUGUCAGAAAACACUUGCGUUUCCUUCCACAAGCGAACCUCUGAGACGGACUACCUGCUCUUCAAAACCAGCAAAGGCUGUGCUUCGUAUGUGGGCUUCAUCGGUGGCGAGCAGGGCGUGUUCGUCGGGCCGCCGUGCAUUGUGGGUAACAUCGUGCACGAGAUCCUUCACGCUCUGGGCUUCCACCAUGAGCACACGAGGACGGACCGCGAACAACACAUCACAAUUCUCCCUCAUAAUAUUAUGGCAGGGAUGGAGAGAAACUUCAAAAAGCAACAAGGCGAAACCUUUGAACUUCCUUAUGAUGUAAAGUCUAUCAUGCACUAUGGAAGUGGCUUUUUUUCAGCUAACGGCCUGCCCACCAUCGUACCAAACGUUGACGUGGAGGAGAUGGGACAGAGAGUCAAAAUGACAGAGAUGGACAUCAAGAGAGUUCGUCACCUCUACAGCUGUGACUCCACAAAAAAGCAGACAGAGAAGGAAAGCAGUGACGUUAAGAAGGAGGACGAUACAGCCAGAUACAUAUUGGUCCACGAUGUGAAGACGACCAACCAGAGUCAAGAUUCAGCCAACAAACCAGAGAAAGAUCACCGUCAUACGACUGCAGCUCCAUCUGACUCAAUAAAGAAACUUGAUGCUGCCACUGGAGGGCGCAAUAAGACCAACAGAGAAAAACUGUGACUGAUUUAUUUAUUUAUUAAUGAAACCAAAAUAUACACACCAGUAUCUGAUAGAUUUGUCUUCUCCGGCAGUUUAAAAAACUAAACUUUAUUCAUGUCCUUCCUCCAUUAUUUUAAACAAGAAAAAUGCAUUAAAGCUGUUAAUCAA